CUCGUGCUGUCGUGUCACGGGAUGAUGUAAUGAUCUGGGGGAAGUGGCGUUACAGGGAUUUGGCAUGUUUUCUACAAGGAAAGCGUCGCGUGCCGCUGCACGGGCUCUCUGGGGCUUGCUGAUGUUGAGUUGGCAUUUUGGGUAAAAAAUCCCAGGGGGACUUUAAACGCAGUGCAGACGAACAGCUGUAGAUGUUAUGCAGUGUCCUGCUUAAUCUACUGGGUCCAAAUAAAGCAACAUGACACUUAGGAGAGUAAACGUGGUGAUUCUCGUCCUGAUCUCAAUCGCCUUUUUAAUCAUCGUGCAUCGCAAUCUGCUGAAUCUCAGUGACUUCCUGAAGCAAGAGGGUUCAGAUGAAGCUCCAGGUGCGAUCCUGCCCUUUGAAAACGGAUUCUUUGCGGAGCAUAAAGCAAGGACUGGGGAGGAGAUCCCCGUGGUGAUCACGGCCUCUGAGGAAAGACUGGGCGCUGCCGUAGCUGCCAUGAACAGCAUCAACAGAAACACCAAAGCCAACGUGGUUUUCAAUGUCGUGACGCUCAACGAGUCUGUGGAACAUCUCCGGACUUGGUUGAGCAAAACGGACAUCAAGCACAAAAUCAUUACAUUUGAGCCGAAAAUCCUGGAUGGAAAGAUUUCUUCCAAGCCUCAGCAACCGGAUUUGGAAAAACCGCUCACUUUUGCCAGGUUUUACAUGCCAAACUUUUUGCCCGACACGGAUAGAGCAAUUUACCUGGACGAUGACGUUAUUGUUCAAGGAGACAUCCAGGAGCUUUUUGAGAUGAGUCUAAAGCCUGGCCAUGCUGCUGCUUUUUCAGAAGACUGUGACUCUACGUCUUCUAAAGGCAUCAUUAAAGGAGCAGGAAACCAGAACAGUUACAUUGGCUUUCUCGACUUCAAAAAGGAAGCCAUUAGGAAACUGGGAAUGCGAGCAAACACGUGUUCUUUCAAUCCCGGCGUCAUCGUGGCGAACUUAACCGAAUGGAAACACCAAAACAUCACCCAGCAGCUUGAAAUGUGGAUGGAGCGCAAUGUCAAGGAAGGUCUUUACAACAGCAUGCUGGCAGAGAGCUUCACUACCCCACCGCUGCUGAUAGUGUUCUACAAGCGCCACUCCAGCAUCGAGCCCAUGUGGCACGUCCGACAUCUCGGAGCCACUGGAGCUGGAAAUCGUUACUCCUCGCAGUUCAUCAACGCCGCAAAACUCCUCCACUGGAACGGACAUUAUAAGCCAUGGGGCCGAGCCUCAUCAUACACUGAUGUUUGGGACAAGUGGUACGUUCCGGAUCCCACAGGCAAAUUCCAUCCAAUCAGAAGACACUCAGCCAACAAGUAAAAAAACUUGAUCCUAACACUUUACACAAGUAUGAUCCGGGCCAGGACUGUCACACUGUUGCAUCAGAAUUGUGUACUAAACAGCAUUUUUGCGAUCCUACAAAAUCUAAAUUAUAAGGAAACAACUUCAGAAUUCAAAUGAUCUUUCUGCACUUUUCCAGUUUCAUCACUUUUGAUCUGGAAAACUGUAUUGCGUGGGUUUUUAUUCAGCAUUCGAAAGGGUGGGUUUUGACUGCCGUAUCUUUCAAGAAAAAGGCAGCACGCCCUAUACGUCAUUGUAACGAUUAGGCUUGGAAGCGAGUUUACACAAAACAAAGUAGUGCUGUAUAGGUGGAAGAUCAAAAGGAAUCUGAUCGGUGUUUUAAAUCUACAAAAUAAUUUUGUUUUCCCCAUUUUGGUAACAAUAUUGUACUGGAGCUAAUCGAGUAUUAAAAUUGCUUCAUGCAAUCACUACCAGCUUGUUGAAACAUUUAAUCGAUCAAAAACACUAAAAAUUCUACCUCAAACCUUACAGCCUACAUUUAAAAGGUCCAGCAUUUAUUAGAUUUCUUUAACAUAUAGUUAAGUAUACAGUUGUUACAGUGAGUCUCACAGUUUGUUACUUAUCAAGCAUGCAACCGAACCACUUUGUUUUUAUUUCUAGAUGUGUAAUUUUAAAGCAUGUUUUUUGUUGUUGUAUCAAAGAUUAAACAUGUUUAAUUGCUUGACCUUUCCAGAAUCCUUUCCCUUUCAGCUUCAGUGUUGUGUGUGCGCUAACAAAUUUGUACAUAAAGCAAAUAAGUCUAUAUUAUUAAAUAAAGUUAAGUAACAUUGUUCA